CCUGUGUCUCAGUCUCUUCUGAGACUCCCUAGAGAUCCUCCAUUACGUACGGCUUCCUUGACCAACCCCAGACAGUUGGAAGGAACCUCAUAACCCAGGAACUCCCUGUCAGCAGCUCUCUGCCCUCAGAGGACAGAAGAAGCUGAUACUCUGUGGUCUCUGAGGCUGAAAUAAUAGAGGCUGGAGCACCGAGACCCAGGAAAGCGUACCAUCCGGAGGCCCCUCCUAGAGAGGCACCCGUUUCACAACUCAAGCAAGCGGUUCCACUUCUGCAAGAGAAAAUAAUACUUCAAUUUCAUUCCUAGAGGAAAAAGGAAGAGCGGCAGAGCUGACGUGCUCUCUGACACAGUGCACGCCCGAACCACGGACGCGCUUGCCUGCCCAGGUCUUCCUCCAGCCCAGGUCCUGCCUGAUCACACAGCUGCAGAGUUAGUGCCAGGUGUACCCCGGAGCUGGAGGCACCAUAUCUUUCCCUUCAAGAGCGGUGCUCCCAAGAGCAAAGGCCUAUCUCCACAGCACCUGGAUUGACACCUGGCUCGAAGAAGACUCUGCAAGAGUUUGUUUGUUGCAUGCCUGCCAGAUUCAAGAAAGCCUGUCCUGUCUGCUCAUCUGUUCCUAUAAAGCAAGGACAAACUGUCUCCAAAUGGCCUGUGGACUAUCAGGCGCCACCCUGUAAGCUGGAUCUAUGGAGAGGCCCCUCACAGUCCUGCAGGUGAGCCUGUACCACCCUACACAGGGCCCGGUCGCCUUUGCCCACGUCCCACAGCAGCUGCAACAUGACGCCAGCCGGCUGUUGGUUGGGCGAGGACAGAACACCCAUCUCCAGCUGCAGCUGCCACAGUUGUCUCGCUACCAUUUGUCCCUGGAACCCUACCUGGAGAAAGGCAGCAGUCUGCUGGCCUUCUGCCUCAAGGUGCUGACCCGCAAGAGCUGUGUGUGGGUCAACGGGCUGCCACUGAGGUACCUGGAGCAGGUUCCCUUGGGCACCAUCAACAGAAUCUCCUUCUCUGGCAUCCAGAUGCUAGUCCGCAAAGAGGGGGGAGCCUCCCUUGAGACCUUUGUCUGCUACUUCCAUCUCAGCCCUUCACCCCUGAUUUACAGACCCAAGGCUCAGGAGACAGAUGAAUGAACCGGGAAAACUCUGUUAAGAAAGAGACUCCCCCUGUUUUGGGGGAGGCAACUCAUGAACUCUCGAGGUCUCUCCACAGCCCCUCCCAGUCUCAGACAGCUGCUUCCCUGCCAAGCCCGGAAGAAGCAAUAGAAACAAAGUUGCAGAAGGGGCCCUCAGACAAUGCACCCCACUAGCCCUGCUGCUUGAGAGCAAACCUGACAAAAAUAGGGUUUGAGAUGGUAGAGCUAUAUCCUGUGAGGUUGACACACAGAGUUCACAUGUAAAGCCUGCUGGCCGCCAUGUUCACAGGGAACUGAUUCUGUAAACUUUGAGCAGCCCAUGGGGUGGAGAAAUGCCCUCCGUAGCUCUGUGUAAUGGGAACUUCAUAUACGUUUAGAGGCCCCCAGGGGUUCUGGAAGCCUCUCCCAGCAUUCUGUGCCCCCCCCCAUUUCCUCCAUUGUCUGGCGAGGAGUUACUUUAUGUUCUUCUGCCGAAGGGCAGGAACAUGGGGUUGAAACAGGAAUGCAAGGACACAGGGAGAAAUUACGUUUGAGGUAGCUCCGGGUUCCCUUCAGUUUUCAAAUACCCACAGGCGCUCAGGGCUUAGGAAAGCCUGUGUUUAAUAAACUAAAAGUAUUUCAUUAUGCUGGCAUGCCCAGUAGGAUCCCCUGAGGCCCAGAUGGGCCACAUGUAUACCAUGUUGUCAUGUGGCUUUGGGGGCGGGAAACCUGGAUGAGGUGUGAGAGGAAAUUGGGAAGGUAGGUAGGCGUACGUUUCUGGGAAGGUUGCAAGUAGAACUCGGGGCUUUUGGUGGGGGUAAGGGGGGCUAGAAGCUAGGACUGUUUGGACAUUUCUUUUCCUCCUCCUCCUCUCUCUUCCUCCUCUCUGCCCUCUUCUUGUUCCCUCUCCUCUCCUCCCAUCCUCUAUCCCUUCUGGACCAGAGCCUUGGUUGGCCAGAGGUCAAAGGUCUAUGGUUUUCUAGAGAAGUGGGCUCUUUCAGAACUAAUUCUAUGGUUGGGAUGCAAGGUUGUAUAAGAAGUCAACCUAGCAGUUACCUCACUCAGAGUAAAUCAUAUGCCAGCAAGAAGGGGGAGCAGGGGACGAGGGGGGUACCUAUCCUUCCUGAACGGACAAUGGGGGUGAUGGUGGAUUGUUAAGGAGCUAAGUAGGCAAGGAUGGGAGAAUUUUCUCAGAAGGGAGCAGAAGGCUAGCAGGGGGGGGGGGUGUUUACUCAUGUGAGAGAAGGAGAGUCCCACAGACUCUGCUAAACACCAUACCACCAGAUCCUACACUAGAGUACCCCAAACACUCAGGGGACAGUGCUGCCAGCAGACUGAUCCAUAUCCUCAACACCUGGAACACCACUGCCAUAUACCACCCCGUACCCCUUUGUGCCCAAAUCCUAGGUCAUAUGAUCAUUACUGUUCCCCAGCUGAGCAUGUCUUCCCCAUAAGGAAACUAACACUAGACAAGAUACAUGCGGGCUUGGGAAGCCCCUCCUCCUACAGAAUACAGACUGUGUGCACUCAGCUCACAGACACAAGACGUGUGUCUACCUACCUGCGACAGUGCUGGCUAUACUGUGAGUGGCGUGUCCCCCUCCCCCCAAGACUCCCAAAGUACUUUCUCCCUCAUUUGUCAAUGAACUUGCACCAAGUGCCCACCUCACACCCAAUAUGUCCAAAGUCUCAGGAUCCAGGAAUAAACAAAGCCGGGAGAAUCUGCGUGCCAUCAGCUUGCCUGCCUCAGGAGGGAGAAGCGUUCGGGGACAGACAGCUUAAUUAUUUAUCAUGGCUGUUGCUAUCUUCCCUCUCCUCUGUUCACUUGGAGUUAAGCCCUAUCAUCGAGUGGGUCUGAUGUUAACACUUCUAUAUGUUCAUCCCUCUCCUGGUCGAGUCACAGUGUAAUAGGCCAUCGAGUGCUGGAGCCAGCUGUCACUGCCUAGUCACUCCUUGCAGUCCCCUAGAUAGACACUGGUCUCAAGCAUAGUCCACAGGUAAGGACAGUAAAAUUCAGAAGGUCAGUAGCCGGGGCCAUCUCAUCUGUGAGUUGGGUGACCUCAGGCAAGUGAGUUAGCCCACCGUGACCUAGAUGUCUCCCUCUGGAAAGCCAGGACGAUGAGUAUUCCAACCUGCAGGAACAGCAGAGAGUAUCUUAGGAAGUGGGACCUGGAAAACACCUAGUGCCAGAAGGAAUUAAAAAAAAAGGGGGGGGGGCUGCUAUCCUGAGACCAAAGACAGGGAAGCUAAAAUAUAUACUCCUUAAGCUUAUUACAAACUUGGAUCUUGGGGCGACUUGAACCCCAGUGAUCUGGCUCCAGAGCUCAAGGGCUUUCGACACUCUGUGACUCUCUAAGGAUUUUAUUUUCAUUUGGGGCCUGGAGGGAGGAAAAGGGUUUGGUUUUUGGUUUUUGGUUGUUUUGUUUUGUUUUGUUUUGUUUUUUUUGUUUUGUUUUGUUUUAGCUGCCUUUGUAUUAAAAGACCUGGGUUUGUAGAACAAGAGACAUUCCUGGCUCUGGAGAGUAGAAACUGCCGGUAGUUCAGGCUGAUGAGUUCUAAAGGAAGCACGGGUUUCCUGGAGGAUUCAAGUGCUGUCCAGUCUGCCUAUCACAGAGCAGCUGCCCACAGACAAAGCUUGAGAUGACACUCUUAGAGACAGUGUGUGGCCACCAAAGGCUGAAGGGACCAGGCUCUCUGGGUGCAGCUCCUGGCCCCUCUGAGAACUUGUAGAACUGACUACAGCUGCCGACUGCCUCUCUCCAUCCCUCUCCCCUCCAGGAGGGUACAACAACCCCGUCCCUGCUAAGGGCCCAUGAGCUAGAGUAGAGUACUUCCCCCAUGGAGACUGUGUGGUUGGAGGAUUUUGGGUGAAGUGUCUGUGCGGUCCUCACACUGAAGAACAAGCUGGAGGGUGACAGGCCAGACACAGGAAGGAGAAGAGCCAGGAAACAUCUGGCUUGUUUCACAAAGUCUCCUCAGGAGAAUUUCUUUCUCCUCCUCCUCUUCUUUCUCUUCCUUCUUUUUUUUUUUUUUUUUUUUUUUUAGACAGUCUCACUGUGUGGCUCAGAGCAGACUUGCACUCACUGUCCUGCAUCUACCCUCCCCAGUGAUUCAGUUACCAACCGCCCCUGGCUUGUGUCAAGUGCUCAAGAGAGGAAACUCUGCUAGACUCUGCUCCCCUUGAAAAGUGUAAGCCUCGAGCUGCCAGAUUCACGCCCCCUAUUCUACUCCUCUAUCCCUUGAAAUUUGCAGGUUGACUUCAAGACUCUGGUUUGGGGAUUUGACGUGGCUUCUCUUGCCUAUGCAGGGUCCCCUCUCACCAUCUCCUAACAAUGUCCUCGGCUUUCCCCCUCCCAGCAGUGCAGUCUGUGUGGCCACAGGCGUGACCACAUGGAAGCAAACAGAACAUACAGACACACAGACACUCAUAUGCACAAAACACCAGUAGCUUCAAGCUGGGCUCUGGUCAGCCUGUUGUCUGGGCUACAACUCACAUUGCUCACUCACCAUCCCAUGGUCUUUGGACCUGUGCUUCCUACAUGAGAGGCCCUGUAGAGGUAAACUGAAGCACUGCAUGUAAACGUGCCUGUGGCACACAGUAGGUGUUCAGGAGGGUCAGUGAGCAUUGGCCAGUUCAGUGGACCAAGUAAAGCACUUGUGGUCCUGUGGACUCGAUUGCCCAUAUACAUAUGCUGCAAACACACCUGCCAUAAGAUAAAUUAAUCCCUUCUGAUCAGGUGGACCGCAGAGCCCUCAGAUCUGGAGACGGACGAUGUCUGGAAAUUCAGAACUUCUGCCUUGCCCUGCCUUUUGAGGCUAUUUUAUCCUCACAGGCCUGGGCUUCAGUGACAUGUGAUUCUUCCCAGCCUGCCUGAGUCUCUGUAUCCUCUCAAGGCUGUUGCACUCCCAGUGGCCGUGAUGGGGCUGGCCAGAGGAUGUUAGGCCAAGAGUGAGAAUGAAGGUCUGAAGCAGACUUCACAAAGCAGGCAUCGGCAGUCAGAGUCCCACAAUGGAAGCAGCCCCUAAGGUCCAGGAGACCGGAGAGUAUGGGAGUUCGAAAGAUAGUUGUCCCUCCCUCUCCUGCUCAGUGGGCAGCCCAGGGCUUUGGAGAACUUGGCAGUGUUUCCUUUUUCUUCCUCCUUGAGCCUUUGUACCCCAACUUAAGUGGAACCCAGGUUUAGGGCAUUUAUAUGGUGACUGACUGUCAUGGAGAAGGGGAGACAGCUCCCUCUCACCAGCUCUUUCAGCCUCCAAUAAAGAGGGGCAAGGCCACAGGCAUGCCCAGGCGACCCUGAGAAGGGCCCUUAGCUGUGGCUGUCAGGAGUCAGUUGGCUAGCCCGGAACCAGGCCAGUUACCUGACAAAUAUCCUUUCCCUGGCCCCCUUUCUCGAGCAUGCACCAGCAAUACCCACCUUGCUCUGCAAGCUUGCCAGCUAUACACACCAGCCCUGCUUGAGACCAUAGAGCACCAGGAGACCACCCUGCCAGAGAUCUGGACAAGAUAGUUCUUAACCUGAAGGAAUACUUAUUGCUACACAAAGAAGCAACAGUCAAAUUUGCCAGCAGGGCAACAAGGGAGCACCACCAGGGCAUUGAGGGAGCACCACCAAGGCACUGAUGGAGCACCACCAGGGCACCCAGGGAGCAGUGGCUCCAUAAAUGUGGAAAGGAAGCCCUAGUUGAGGGGCUCAGUUUCAGUCCUCCUAGUGUCUGGUAGAGCUGAGGACACGGCCUGAGAAUCAUUUCUAUAACUACCCACUGCACAACCAGGUUGCCAUCCAUCAAGAGGUGUCACAAGCAAGCAAGCAAGCAAGCAAGCCUCAUUGAAUGUACAUCCUCUUCCCCCCACACCCCCAAACCAGCUGGGGCACCUGCCUCCUACUCCAUCCACUGGCUCCUGCUUCCCCUGCUCCUGCCCACGGCCUCUGGGUUGUAGUCACUCUCCACUGCCCCAGGUCAUCCAUCUAGCCAAGACUUGGGGGGAGGAGUUAAGUCCUAGGAGGAGAUGCUGAUUUUAAUGAACUUGGUUCACAUUGCAAGACUGAUUCCUCUUACCUUUAACGUGAACUCGCAGGCGGAUUAAAGUGAAAUAAAACCUAC